AUGGCAUCACCUCAGAAGCUGCCCCCCCAGUCACCCACUGGCCACAGCAGAGACAUCUGCUGCCCCCCGCAUCAGAGCCAGAGCCAGAGUGAAAGCAGCUCAUCCUCGAUGGGGCGAGGACGGGCCGCGCGCGGGAUGAGCGCCGGCGGCGGUAGGGCGGAGGCGGCGGCGGCGGCGGCGGUGGCCCCGGUCGUCCCGGUCGUCCCGGUCCCGGUCCCCCCGGUCCCGGCCCCGGCCGAGGCCACUCGGAGCAAGAAGAAUCGCAAAAAGGGGCGGCGGAAACGCCGGGAGAGCGGAGUCGCCGGGCCCCAGGUCGUCCAGUGUGAGGAGCCCCCGGUUCCACAGCCUGUCACCCCACAACCUUCAGAACUACUGGGAUCUGAUGAUGAGGAGCAGGAAGAUCCCUCAGAUUACUGCAAGGGCGGGUAUUAUCCGGUGAAGAUUGGAGACCUAUUUCACAGCCGUUACCAUGUCAUCCGCAAACUGGGCUGGGGCCAUUUCUCUACCGUCUGGCUCUGCUGGGACAUUCACCGGAAACGGUUCCUGGCCUUGAAGGUGGUGAAGAGUGCCCCUCAUUAUACGGAGACGGCUCUCGACGAGAUCAAACUGCUGAAAUGUGUCCGUGACAGUGACCCCAGUGACCCUAACCGGGAGAUGAUUGUGCAGCUGAUCGAUGACUUCCGGAUCUCUGGUGUGAAUGGUCUCCAUGUCUGCAUGGUGUUUGAGGUGUUGGGUCAUCAGCUGCUGAAAUGGAUCAUCAGGUCCAACUACCAGGGUCUACCCAUCCCCUGUGUGAAGAGCAUCCUCCGGCAGGUGCUGCAGGGACUACACUACCUCCACACCAAGUGUAAGAUCAUCCAUACUGAUAUCAAGCCUGAGAACAUCCUGCUGGCUGUGGACGAGGUCUAUGUCAGGCACCUGGCUGCCGAGGCCACUCUGUGGCAGCAGGCUGGAGCCCCCCCACCCUCAGGCUCCUCAGUCAGCACAGCUCCACAAGAGGUUCAGGCAGGCAGGGUGUCAAAGAACCGAAAGAAGAAACUGCGGAAGAAACAGAAGAGACAACGGCAGUUGCUGGAGGAGCGGCUGCUGCACCUCCAGCACGUCGAGCAGCUCGAGGAGGCGGCCUCUGUCGGCCUCACUCACCUCCGGCUCCACGGCCUCUUCCCGGGGUUACCCAACUCGCGACUCCACGCUCAGACCGCUGCCGAGUCUCCCGACCAGCCCCCAGGGAGCGAGGAGCCGCCACUGGGAACGGGGAAGCUCCCACCCAGUAGUCCGGAGGUGGCGAAAGAGCCGCUGGGCGCCGACGGGUGUGAGCGUGAUCUCCCCAGGGGAAUCCUCAGCCCUCAGAUCCCCUCGUCCCCCGGCUCCGAGGUGUGUAACGGGUACGUGAGCGCCGGCCGCUUCCUGAGCCCCGACUCGGAGGUGUCGGGCUUCUCCAGCUCCCUGCUCUCCACACAGUCCAGCUCCACGUUCUCCGGCUCGUCCAGCGGCCGGACCAGAGCCACCCCUGGAUCCCCCAUGGGGGACCACCACCCAGACUCGUUCAGUGCCUCGGACUUCCUAACGAACCCGCUGGACCCUCGGAACGCAGGCAACAUCCGGGUGAAGAUUGCCGACCUGGGAAAUGCCUGUUGGGUGUACAAACACUUUACAGAGGACGUGCAAACACGACAGUACCGGUCGCUGGAGGUGUUGCUAGGGGCUGGGUACGGGCCGCCCGCUGAUAUAUGGAGCACGGCCUGUAUGGCCUUCGAGCUGCUGACAGGCGAUUAUCUGUUUGAGCCGCACUCGGGAGAAGAUUACACUCGUGACGAAGACCACAUCGCUCAUAUGAUCGAGUUGCUGGGCAACAUCCCAGUACAGUUUGCGUUAUCCGGACGAUAUUCCCGGGAAUUCUUCAAUCGCAGGGGGGACCUGCGCCAUAUUAAGCAGCUGAAGCCUUGGCCACUGUACGAGGUUCUGGUGGAGAAGUAUGACUGGCCACUGGAGUUAGCCGCUCAGUUCACUCAGUUCCUGCUGCCCAUGCUGGAGUAUGUACCCGAGCACCGGGCCAGCGCCCUCGACUGCCUCCGGCACCCCUGGCUCAGUUCCUGACCAGAGUGGCUGGGAUGCCCCGGGCUGAGAGAGAGAGAGCACUGACCCACAGGAACCCCUAACUUUGAAUGUCUCCAACGUGCCUGGCUCAGCUCCUGCACACAGGCUGAGAGAGAGGAACUCAGUCUGAAACGGGUACCCCGCCCCACUGGCCUGGAGGGAAUGUCCCAGGGAUCUCAGCUCAACUCCGGAACUGGCCAGGGUACUGCAGGGCAAGAGAGAGAGGGAGACCACUGCCCCCACUGGAACCCCAGCUCAGCUCCAGACAGAGGGAGACCACUGGCACUACGGGAACCCCAGCUCAGCUCCUGAACAACCCCUACACCAAACCCAGACAGAGGGAGACCACUGGCCCUACGGGAACCCCAGCUCAGCUCCUGAACAACCCCUACACCAAACCCAGACAGAGGGACCACUGGCCCCACUGGAACCCCAGCUCAGCUCCUGAACAACCCCUACACCAAACCCAGACAGAGGGAGACCACUGGCCCUACGGGAACCCCAGAGCUCAAGUGUCUCAGGCAGUUCAGCUCCUGACCCGGCUGGCAUACCAAGAGAGCGAGCACUGCCCUGUGGGAACCCCAGCUCAGCUCUUGAACAACCCCUACACCAAACUGAGGCGGAGGGAGAACACUGCCCUGUGGGAACCCCAGCUCAGCUCUUGAACAACCCCUACACCAAACUGAGGCGGAGGGAGAACACUGUCCUGUGGGAACCCCAGCUCAGCUCCUGAACCAGCCAUACCCUGGACUGAGACAGAGGGAGAGCACUGGGAACCCCAGCUCAUAGCCCUCAACUUCCCCCAGCACCCUUUGUUCUGAUCCUGACCCUGGUACCCAGAGAGCGGGAGCACUUUUCCAAGAGGAGCCCUGACUUAAUCCACUCCAGUGGGAGGACAGUUUCCCACCAGGACUCCCAGCCAUUGGCUGUCCAGUGGUCUGAUAACAGGGAGGGUGGGGAGGGUAGCGGUCUGUCCUUCCCCCUCCCCACCUGACUACAAUGUCCCGGUGCUCUAACCCUGCAGGGUGAGAGGGCUGUGACUUGCAAUGCAGCCUAGAGUCGGUGUGAUGACUCAGACAGGGGAGGGGAGAAUUCAGGGCCCCCUCCGUACCUGACUGUGGUGUCCCAGUGCACUGACCCUGUGGGGGUGGCAGGAGUCUACCCUGAGCAGGAUGAAGAGUUUCCACAUCGCAUGUACCUCUCACCGGGACUGGCAGCCCGUCUAACUCAUUGUAUGAUAUUUUCUUUUCACUGAACUUUCAUUAAAUUAUUAAUCAACUCCUA